UAGCCUAUAUGUAGUAAUUUUAAUUUAAAUUAAAACUUCACAUAAUGUUGGAAGAUGACCUGAAUUUAUUUAUAUCAAAUAUUUACACAUUUCUUUUUAAUGAAGAAAAAGAAAUUUCGGGUUUACUUGUUAAAAAACAUUCAGUUCAAUUGAAGACACAAGGCGAUUUCAGUUUUCCAAACACUGUGAAAUCUUGGGUCGAAUUCUUAGACGGCAUUCACUUGCAAAACGACGACGAAGGUCUUUUGAAAUGUUUACAAAAAGAUUCCGAAAGUUUAUUACAAGUAUCACAAAAUUGGACAUUACCAAUACGAAAGGCAAUUGAAAUAAAAGAUCGUGUUCAUAUAUUUUUGGAGAGAAGCAAAGCAAUAGAAGCUGGUCUUUCGCAUUCGUUUACAAAUAAUGAAAGGAUUCUUAAUGGAGUUAACAAGGGGGAUAUUUUAGUGGAAUCUGAUUCAAAUCAAAACACAAAAUGCAUAACCUCCUUACGAGUGAACUACACGACGAAGGUUAUAAAGAAUUUAUGUGCAAUAAGCGAUAAAUGCUCAGAAUUAAAACCGAAACCGUUUGUAACAUCAAAAUCAAGUGUCAAACUUGAGGAUAGUAAAAUAGUUUUAUGUGGGACAGUAAUCAAUUGUAAAACUGGUGCUAAAGAGACAACAAUCACUGCUGAAGACUUUAUUAGGCUCCGUCAAGAAGAAUUAACCCUAAUAGCCCAACACAAGUAUGGUGUGCGAGUGUCCACUGAUUCAAAAUGGAAGGAAUUCAUAGCACACCUUGGGGAAUCAGCUGUUGCCUUCGAACUGUUGCAGAUAAAGCCUUCCAGCCCGGUUAAAAUACAGUUUGAUGCGUCUAGUGGUUCUAGUAAAGGUGCAGCAUUCAUAUUAUACAAUUGUGCUCGUCUGGAGACAAUCAUAAAAACAUUUAACGAACAUGUAAAUGAUGGCAGAUAUCCACCGUUGCCUAAGUUUGAAGAUGUUGAUUUUUCUUUACUUACCAAUGAGGAUGAAUGGUGCUUAAUUUUCAACUACAUAUUGGGAUUUCCAUCUUUAUUGAGAAAUUGUGUGGAAAUUAAUGAAAAUAAAUGUGAUUUUCGGCCGCAUUUGGUGUGCAGUUUUCUCAGUUCUAUGGUCAGAGUUUUCAGCCAGUACUAUAGAAAAGUUAGGAUUUUAACUGAGCCGAGAAAGCAUCUUCUUCCAGUCAUGUUUGCGCGAAUUUAUAUGUUGAAAUCAUUGAACGACACAUUAAAAACUUGUUUAAGAUUAUUAAAUAUUAAAAGUGUUUCACAAAUGUAUUAG